CUGACAAACCGGCCUUGUUUAACACUGGAAAAUAUUAGCAGGCCGUGUCACAUAAUUUAUAUGUGUUUUAAUGAUUCGCUUAUAUAAGUUGUACUCGCUGUUCCUAAAAACCAUGGAAAACGCCAGUACCGACAAUUUAGCGUCGGUCCAAGAGUGGUGCUCUUGCGAGAAAUUACCCAGAGCUGCGCUGCAUAUGCCGUUGAACUGGAACCUGCUCUGCGAGGUGUGCGGACUAGAGCGGCGUGCUAAAACCGAUCCUAGCUCCAGCGAUGAGGAGGAGGCCGCAGAUAACGAGCUGCAGAAGAUGCUUCUAGAGCGACGACGUGUCGAGGAGGCGCUGCACGGAGCUGUUCGCGUCAAGGUGGCCAAGCGAGUCAAGAAGCCAUGCUCAAUGCAUAACUGCAAGAAUUGCUUCAAGUGCGGCGGAGUGCCCAAGCCAAGAGCCAAAGAAUGCAAGACUAAAGACAACUCGGACUGCUUGGAAGACUUGCCAAAGCCCAUUGAAGUUUUGCCGGAGUGGCGUCGUGGGGUACAGAUUCCAGAACGCGAUCCGACUCCAACUGCCACGCCAUCAACAUUGCCUUCAUCGGAGAAGUCUGCACAACACGCAUUCGAGUCCUUGUGGGAGCCAUUGCCUGAAGCCUCUCAAUCAGUCCGUGGAAAACAUUUGGUCAGCCGUCGCCUCAGCGCACCCAUCGACGACCCAUCUGGCGGGGCAAUCUCCAAGCAAGGCAGACUUUUGCACACUCGCCCCAGACGCCCGCUACCGCCGCUGUCAAAAAUUUCGGCCUCCACUCUGGCUGAAAAAGAGGCAUCAAAUGCCCUAGCAAAAGGUGGCGGACUGAGUCACCAUUUGACGGAGUACGGAAACCCUGUCCCUUUUGAGUACUACGAGGGACCAUCGGAGGAUGCACUGGUCGUAGACAGCGCCCUCUCCAUGCUGCAGGAGCCCAUGGCACUGAACAUGAAACCCGUCCAACGUCUGCCCCUGCCAUGUCCGUCCUCCACUGGCUCGGAUGAGAGCGUGAUCUCUGGCUCACCCAAACCUCUCGACAUGGUCAAGCCGCCAGUUGCGCGUCGUUCAAGCCCUCAUAUGCAAACUGACAUCACAAAGGUUACACCCUCAGACAGCUGCAACUCCGGAGCUAUCAAAACACCCGACAUUCCACGGAAAAAAUACAGUUUUUUAGAAAUUAAAAUCAUACAAAUGAUGAAAGGCCUUCGUAUGCGCAGUCCUGGACAUGAUGAAGUAGAAGCGGCAGAAAACGAGCAACUAGAGUCCUACGAUUUUAGUAGAGCAUUAACUCCACCUAGCCAUGAAGUAUUAAAUGAACAUGUAAUUUCCUCAAAUAAAUAUCAGACUGAUGAACAGUAUUCAAAAGAUCUAUCAAUGAAGACCUUGCAUGUACCUGGGCUUAGUGUGCGCGGCAGGCUAACCGGUAGGCAGCGGGCGGGAGUAAAACCAAUGAGUAAAACCAGAUCUCCGUUACGGGAAUACAAGGUGGGAUCAGUGUGCGACAAAUGCGGUCAUCAACGAAAGGCUGGCGUUGCUGGUAUGCCACAUAAAGAUACAAAAGGAAAGAGCGUCAAGGCGAUUUCUAGAAAAUAUUCCAAUCAAUUAUCAAGGAAGAUCCGAAUGGAGGCCGAGGAGCAUACAAAAACUUGCAAACAAGUCUCUAGAAUCUCUGAAAAUGUUGUUGAUAAACAAACGCCUGUCUCUAAGAGUGAUAAUCUUCAUGGAUGUUCCAGCACUAAUUUGGCUAAACAACAAUUGGCGGGUUUUAAGCUCAGCUGCAAAGAGAUCAAAGAUCUUAAAAAUCAUUUAACCACUCCAAUGAAACCCCAUGGGGAUGCUUCCAAGAAAUAUCAUAGCUUAAGUGGUUACGAAGAGCCUCUAAGCUCUUCACAGACAGCACCAGAUUCUGACAAUUCUUUCUGCGAAAGUCUGCCCGCUGAAUACUUGCCAAAAGAGUAUUGGACAGAAGUUACAUUCCGGGAGAUCCACACCUUGGGAACCGUUUCACAUGUCUGUGGCGAGAAGCCUAAAAUGGCUGCUCAUAGGUCAAAUGUUAUGGGAAAUCUCCAGAAGAGCACCUUGUCGGAUCAAGCUGCUACGAAUAUGGCGAUCUUUGAGUUUCGCAUGCCUGACAUAGAUGCCAACGCGGUAAAUAAAUGUGGAAUGGCCAGCUCUCCGCGUAUAAUAAAUAAACCUGUGAGCUCGAGCCGAUCUCCCACACCUGUAGCUCACUCUCCAACACCAAGGCGCAUGGGGCCUGGCGACGUUCCUUCUCAACUGGCGAACAUCCAGAGGCGAAACUGGGAAGGCGAAUACGAAGAGAACAUUCGCUGGAGCGCAGCUUCAAUAUGCUCGUAA